GACAAAACCGAGCUGUGCGGCUAUGAGCUGAGCCAUGGACGAGCCUGAGAUCUCGGAGGACCUGGCCAGCUUCACAACUUCCGGCCUCAAUUUGAACUCCUGCUUGGGCAGCAUCCUGGCGCGGUUCAGCGAGCUGGAUGCCGAUGGCUCCGGAGGCAUCACCGGGGAUGAGCUGGCAAAGCACUGGCUCAUGGCAGCCCAGGAGGUGGCAAAACGGCCGCUGAGCGCCUCCGAGCAAAGUUUGAUCUGGGCGGGCGUUCAGCGCAGCUUUGAGACCAUGGACGUCCAGCAGGAUGGCAUCAUCACGCAGCAAGAGUGGCUGCACAUGGCGCUGCUGGAGCUGCACCCUGCGGGCCCCAGAAACGCGGAGAUCCUCCACCGCCAGAUCCGCCAGAGCCCCGGCCUUGUGCCUGGCUUGGUGCAGAGCUGGCUGGAAGUGGACGAACGCGCCUGCGGCUUGGUGACGCGGAAGAUGCUGAACAUGACCCUGCUCGACUUCGACUCAGAAACCGAGAGCAAAGUGCUGGCGGCGUUGCAGAGCCUUGGUGCAGAGAGCCUCACAUAUGCGGAGUACGUCGCUUUCACGCUCAAGCUCAGCUUUAGCCCGGUGGAGCUGUACUUCUACGACCUGUCCAAGCGGUUUGCCUCAGUGCUCUCGCCUAUUUUGCUGGGCCAGUAUGAAGACGGCAUUUGGCACACCAGCGUGGGAGUCUUCGGCCAGGAGCUCUAUUUCUUUGGCAGCAUCCUCUCGUGCCCGCCUGGGCAGAGCGAGUUCGGGCAGCCCACCAAGAGCAUCUCCUUGGGCUACACCCUGCGCACAGCGCAAGAGGUGGAUGCUGAGCUGAAGAAGAUCUACUUCCAGUACCGGCCGCACCUCUACGAUGCCUUUGACCACAACUGCAACACCUUGAGUGAUCAUUUGGUGCAGUUCCUGCUGGGCCAGCACAUCCCUGAGUCGGUGCGGCUCAUGUCAGAGCGGCUGAAGGGCUCCACGCUGGUCAAGGCGCUGCGGCCGGUGCUGAAUCGGAUUUUGGGGAAGCAGGCGAGUCGUGAAGGCGAAGAGAGGAUUCUGGCAUUGGAAGAAGGCUCCAGGCUCCGUCGCAAACAGCGGCGGGAUGACACUUCGAAGCAGUACAAAGACUUGAGCUUCGGCGACUCCGAUGAGGAGGCUGAGACCGCGCGUGACUCCUCAGGCUUCGGCUCACAGGAGCCUUGUGACCUGGUCCUGUUCCACGCCCCGGGCGUCAGUGCGCCGGUGGUGGCUCAAGCGGUGGCGGAACACCCGGACGGGGCCAUGGAUCUCGUUUGGUUCGACCACGAAGGCAAGAAGCAGCACGCCACUGCCUCGGCCAACAAGUUGGAACCUUAUCGCCCGGUGCUGAGAAUCCUCGCGAGCCCCGAGCUGGAGAACUUCCAGCGGAGCAGCAGCACCGAGACCUGUGUCGGCGAUGUGGAGGCGGCAGUGGUCACUUGCCCCAAUGGACAUGCGCUGAUUCGGAGCCAGCCAAGCUUCUGGUCUGCUGCCAAGCAAUGCCAGCUGUGCCAAGAGCCCAUUCCUCAGCGGAAGGUGAGGAUGACCUGCUUCAGCUGCAAGUACUUUGUGUGCGGCACCUGCUAUCUUCACAGUCACAAUGCCAACGUGGGCCAGAAUCCAGCAGCAGUUAAGCUGGUAGCCGACGAGCUGUGGCCCCGGUGCCCGGCUAUGGGCCACCCGCUGGAGCGCUUUGCUGGCGUCGACGGGGGCGCCCUCUGCGAAUGCUGCGGCGCCAAUGAGAUCGGCUCGACAGGUCCUUAUUUUCUGACGUGCAGACGCUGCCACUUCCAGCUUUGCUAUGCCUGCGCCCGGAAAGCGCUGUGUGCCCUGUUGAACGACGCCUGCGAGCCACUAGCCCUCGGCGACAGCAGCGAGCUGGGCGCUGACGUAGUAAGGAAAUGCUUGGCCGAGCGCGCGGAGCAGAAACAGCCGGGGUGUGGUGGUGUGGUUUAG